AUGGCGGGAUUGCAAACUACCCCAACAGAGUCCCCAUUCUAUACAGGCCCAUUGCCAGAGUCAUUUCACAAGUCGCAUGAUUCUAGUCAUUCCUACCCCGAGGUGUACUACCCGCCACGGACUGAUGAAAGCUAUCCUGAAGCCGUCGAUGAUGGCCAAUAUAUAGCACAGCAUGCGCCAGUCUAUGAAGCGGUCACCGAAGCUUCCAAGAGACAACAUGAGCUGGCAGUCGUACCAGUCAAAGAAGACAGCCGCAUAUGUGGCUUACGCAGGAAAACCUUCUUUGUAGUGCUCGCAGUUCUCCUUCUACUGGUGGCUGCUGCGAUCGGCGGUGCAGUGGGAGGUGUGCUUGGUACGAGGAAUAAGUCUAGUUCCUCGACAGCAAAUGAGUCGAAUGUACCCAGCCCGUCUACGUCUUCUAGUCCGGCUUUCUCAUCUGCAGCGCCGUCAAGUUCAAGUGGUACCACUGGAACGCCAUCCACAAUCAAUGCAACCGUCGCAGCACCGGCCCCGAUACGUGCAAUCACAGCCACGCAAGAUGAGGUGACCGUUUUCGUCGUUUGGCAAGUACCAAAUGGAGACCUCUACAUGCAUGGCUACUACAACGAUCCAAGCGUUUGGGCGGAUCCGUUCAAGCUCAAGAUGAAAUAUCCUGCCAUAAUGGAGACGCCCCUCGCUGCCGUUACCUGGAGAUAUGCCAACUUUUUUGAAAUUCGUAUACACUACACUCCAUCGGGAGGCACGGGAGGCAUGGGCAGUCUGAUCUUCGGAUGCUAUGAGAACGGCACGUUAUGCACCGAACCAUCAAACGAGCUGAACAGUGUGGUCCCGGCAGUCUCUGUAGGUAAAGGUAUUGCAUUCGUGACGCCGGAGCCCUAUUAUCUACGGGAAUUUUAUAUCGGCAGUGAUGGCUCUGUUCUGGGUGCUGGAUACAACCCCACCUAUGGAUGGUCUGCGCCAAAGGCCAUCAGUAGUGAUGCAAAGGCGCAUGUUGCAUCGCCCAUUGGUGUGGUCAUGGUGCACGACGAAAUCUGGCUCUUUUGGUUUUCCGCCCAGAAGCAAUUGCAAUUUGCAACGUCAGCUUACACAGGCUCAACGUGGUCAGUUGCACAAAACAUCACCGCGCCGAUUCCAAAAGAACUGCCACGCUUUCUCCGAGCAGUCCGCUCAGACACACCGGACGUAACUCAACUCUACUAUCUCGACGGCACUGAAAUGCAGCAGGUGCAAUACUCCAACAACAGGUGGUCGAUAGGCGAUUUUGGGUCGUCGAUGUACAACUCAAGUAUAUCGAAUGGACCACUAGGGGCAGUCGGCUGGAAUGCUACCGCUGUGCGGCUAUAUUAUGUUGUCGAGGGCGGCAUUAGAGAGGUGGCUUCUGAGUCUGUGUAUGGACAGUGGUUGAUCGGAGGUAUGGCCGCUGAUGAUUAUGAUUGA